AUGGCUAGGACUACUGGGGUCUCUAAUCCCAUUUUAUCCCCUAGCUUUCGUCUCUUAGUGUCGGUGUCAGCCCAGCAGAGUGCUUUCACCAUUGGUGUUCCUUCCGAUCUCUAUGCAUUUCAUCGCUCCACCGGAAAUUCCCUCUGCCCCUACCAUGCUUUACGCCCAAUCAUUCUGGAUAAAGCUUGCAUCCUCUGUCUUACCGCGGCUGCUGGCACAGAGUUAGCCGAUGCUUAUUUCCCGGAUACCGAGUCUGGGCCUUGUCUCAGUCCCAGUGUGGCUGAUCAUCCUCUCGGACCAGCUACUGAUCAUCGCCUUGGUAAGCUAUUACCUCAUCAACUAUCUAAUCAGAUGCAAGCCCCUCCUUGGGUGGAUUGCUCCUUUCGGUCCUCAACCUACAGGAGUGGCAGUAAGAAUGACUUAUCUGUCAACCUUUCCAAUAUUACCCCUAAAAAACCAAACUAUGUGUUACGUAAAGUUGAUAGAGUACGCUUAACCUCUGGAUUUGAAAUCAUUGCUUAUAUACUCGGUAUUGGCCAUAAUUUACAAGAACAUUCUUUAGUCUUAGUAAGAGGGGGAAGGGUUAAGGAUUUACCUGGUGUGAGAUAUCACAUUGUUAUAGGAACCCUAGAUGCUGCCGCAGUAAAGGAUCAUCGACAAGGGCGUUCCAAAUAUGGAACCAAAAAGCCAAAAUAA